AUCCACACGAAAAGAAAUGAUUUGGGUUCCCUGUGGUAUUUCUGUUUUAGCCAAUCACAGACGUCGUUAGGUAAGAUAGCGUCGUUAGUUCCCAGUCUGUGCAAGUAACAAGAUGGCGGCUUUGUUGUGAGGACGAGUCCAGCUGUUCAAUGUUUACCUCGACUUUUGACCAGUUUUUAUCACCCCGAUCUCACCUAAACUUACGAAUAUCAUGAGAUAAGACCCCACAGAAGCUAGUUUUAAGAUGUCAAGCUUGGUGAUACUAGAAUCUGAUAAAGGAGAGUUAAAAGAUAUAGAUGACCGACUGAUACAAGAUGGUUAUAGUACGAGUAUACCAGUUGAACACAAGCUUCGUUACRUAUGGCGCCAGUUUGGGAGAGCUGAAACCAGCCUUAAAUCCUCUUUGGAAAGCCUUGAACAGCUACGCAAGCAACAUGCUGAAGAAAUGAUUGAAGUAGAGAACUAUGUCACUCAUAUCCGUCAACUUUCUGAUGAACGAGAGGACUUGACGAAAGACCUCGAGACUGAAAAUGAGCAGCUCAAAGCUGAAAUGGAGCAGAUGAAAGUUGAACGGGAAGCAGGGGCAGUGGUGUCGGAAGAAGUAUGUGAUAUGUUGAGAGAUUCUGGGAUGAAGGAGAUCAGUAAAGAGACAAAUACUGUGAAGAAUCAAGUUGGUCAUCUGUUGAAAGAGAGGGCGACAAACUUGGAAAGAAUUCACAGGCUUGAAAGAGAAGUUGAGUUCUCUAAGAAAGAAGACUCCUCAAGUCAAUCAAACAAAAAGGUGAUGGAAAUUGUGGAACAGGAAAGAAGAGAGAUGGAAGAAGAGAUGAGUCGCUUGAGGGAGACGACAAAGCAGGUUAAAAUGGAAAUGAAAAARAUGCAUGAAAAAGAAUUAGAAGAUUUAACAAGGGAAAACAAAGAAUUGAAGAAAAAACUAGAUCAAAGUCAAGAUCAGUUUAAUAAAGAUAUGGCUGUAAUGUUGAAAAAAUUUGAAGAUGACAAGAUGCGCUUGGUUGAAGAAAAAGAAGAAGAACAGGAAAAGACGACCCAUCAGCUUAGCAAAGCAGACAGAGUCAUGAAGGAAAUGGAAGAAAUAAAAGUAAAAAUGAAAGACAUUGAACAGGAAAAGAUAUCACUGCAUUCUACAGUCAAGUCAUUAGAAGAGGAGAUAAGAAAAGAGAAAGAACAGUUGAAUGGCAACAAGGCAACUCAAGAUACAACMAUCAAGAAACUAAGAAGUGAACUMUCARYAACCAAACAGAAGUUACUUGAAACUGAGGCCAAGAUGAAAACUGUACAAGAAGAAAGAAAUACUUUAGAGUCACGUCUUAAGAUGGUCACAACUGAUCUUAAUAACUUGAAACAAAGAGAAAACCAAUUGAACACAGAAAAGGAAAGUCUGCUGACAGAAGGAAAGACAAACGUUCAAAAGCUACAAAUCCAGGUCACAACAUUAACAGAUGAAAUCAAAAGUUCAAGAGAAAGGCUAAAGACCUCAGAUGACACUAUUGCAAGGCAGACUAAGCAAGUUGAAAAUUUGACGGUUCAACUUGGCGAGGCAGAGAGAAUGUUGAGAGAGAAAGAAGAAGACAUGGAAGAUUUAGACAAAAGUACAAAAAAUGAGAUAAACAAUCUCAAGGCAAGACUAGCUCAAACAUCCGAAGAAGCAUCUGACUUAAGAGAAGAACUAGCAGAAACCAAGAAGCACUAUGAAACGAUUAUACAGCAAAGUAAAGAAGAAGCAAGUUCUUUUAGAGAAAAACUAAACGAAGAAAGUGGAAAAAAUAAGAAUGUCGAGAGCGACAGAGAUAUAUUAAAAUCACAGAUAACAGAGCUCAGAAAAGAUUUAGAAGCCUCCCUAGCUGCUAGUGUGUCUCGGGAGAAAGAAACAAUGAACCAAAUAGCUGUUCUGCAAGAUGAUAAAGACAAGUUAGCGAGAGAGUUAGCUGGUUAUAUAUCAAGGGAGAAAGAUAUGACCAAGUGUAUGGAGGAACUACGACUARCGAUGCAGUCUUUUGAAGGAGAGAAAACAUCGCUACAAACUGUGAUCUCAUCUCAAGAAAAACAAGUUGCUGAUCUGAUUAUAAAGCUCGAAAAGAGUGACCAGAAAUGYGCUGUCAUGGAACACCAGUUAUCCAGUGAACAAAGCAAAACUGCAGAACUGAGCACCAGGUAUCACUACACGUCAGAGAGCAGUAGCUCAGCGAGACAAGAAGUUGACAGCCUAAAAGAAGAAGUUAAGGCUCUGACUGCACAGCUUUUGAGACAGCACGACGCCACCAUGGACAGUCGGUCCAAGUACGAGAAGUUGAUCAUGGAAUURAAGAGCGAAAUGGAACGAGAGAGAGAAAAGUUUUCAACUGAACGUCAUUCUCUUGCUAGUCAACUGGAGGUAGCCAUGAGAGAAAGUAAAGACUUGAGCACUUUACUGAGGGCGAGAGAAGAGGAACUCAAUCUUCUACGUAACGAACUAUCCAGUGCCAGCACAACUGGUACCAAGGCCUCCACGGCCCUGGAAUUCGAAUCAAAACUACGAGGAACAUUAGAAACGCGAGCCAAUCAUCUUGAGUCAGAGCUGAGCAAGGCCUGGGGCCAAAUAAAAGAACUGACGGAGAAAGCUAGUGGACUGGAAGCGACGAAGAGACACCUUGAGAUCGAGUUAGAUAGGCGAAGUCAGCAAUUGCRUCAAUCAGAGAGCACCCUGCACAAGAGACAAGCAGAGCAUACCGCUGUCAUGGUUGCCAAGGAUACGGCACAACAACAAGCGGAAGAGGCGGAAACCAAGCUCGCUGCUUUGCGUAGAGAGUACGAGAUUCUGGUCAGCCAGUUAGAGAAGACUCAGGUUGAUCUUCAGACCGCGAGUGACCAGUUGAUGGAGUUACAUCUUAAACACCAAGAAAACGAUGCUUUACGAGGCCAUCUGGAGGAAGAACAAGUCAAUAAGAAUAUCCAAAACCAGACAGUCAAGGAACUAGAGCAUCAAAACGAUGUCCUUCACGAGAGAAAUAAUCAACUACAACAAUCACUAAAACAACAGGAAAACACCAUAGCAGAAAUGAAGGAAAAAAUGAGAAAAAACAAUGACAAGUCGACCAGUCCAUUCAGCAGCACUCASACCAAGGGUCCAAUAGAUUCUCAAGUCUUGAUGAACGCGUUAGCCCGACUACAUCAGAGCGACCCUCGGGACUCGUUCAUAUCGUCCCCAUCAYCAGAUAUCUACUCACCAGAGAACCGCUCACCAGAGAGAACAAUGAACAUGACGGGCCGUUAAAUGACAUCAACAGUACACACAGGAAGCCCAAACAUUGUUAAUGUGCCACUAUAUUACAGUAUUUGGUGAAGUAAAUCAAUAAGACCUUAUCUAUAAAGCUGUUUUGAAUAGACUGUUAMUGUGUCUUGUUCUUCACGAGUGUCGUUUAUAACGACAUAAUAGUCAUUUGCCACUGGCACAAAUACCAUACUUGGGCUUCCUGUGCUGUUUGUAAGUCACAUGACAUCGAUGUGGUGUUGAAGGAGUUUUGUCUUGGUGGAACACAAAGGAAGACAAUCUAUUAUAUUUUUGUUAAAUAUUUAAUAAUAGACAAAAUGAAGAACCAAACUAACACUUCAAGGUAAUUCAAUAACUAACUAGUUUAAUAAUAAAGUCAAAAUAACAAAAACAAACUCAAAGCCAUGAUAUGAGCAACGCAAUUAUUUUUAUCACUAUUUAUUUUCUACAACUUUUUAUACGAAGCAUUGGCUUGUAAAACCUAACGAAUAUAAAGUGUGAAUAUUAUAUUUUUGUAUAUUUUUGUUUCGAAAUAAAACCAACAGAGGGGCUUAACGGCAGACAUGUUGUAACGAACAGCAAUAAGAAUGUUCUUCUUUGGGAAAUGAAAUCUCUUGUCAGAUAAAGACAUUGCAUUGUUCCUACCCUACAACAUGGCUGUCGUAAAACCUCCUAUAUCUAAAUAAAAAA